AUGAAGGAAGUCCUUGUCGCGACCACCGCGCUGGAUGAGUAUCUGCUCAAGAAUGAUCUGGAGUUCACGAACGACGGACAGUUCGUGCGAUGGGGGAAGGACAACAAAAAACAUCCUCGCAACUGGAGCACAACCCGCAAGGUGUUCGAUAUCGGGUUGAUUUUUAUGCUGGAUCUGAUUGUAUUCCUCCUCGGACAGGUGGUCGGGGCUAUCGUCUUCCCUCCCUGCUCCGAGUCCUUUGGCCGCAAGAAGCUCUAUAUCAUCAGCAGCGCAGCGAGUGCUCUCUUCUGUCUGAUCAUCGGGGUCGUGCAUUCCCUCUCCGCCGUCAUCAUCUGCCGCAUCGCAGGCGGCUUCUUCAGCGCAAUCCCCUACACCGUCGGCAGCGGCAGCAAUGAAGAUAUGUUUGACAUCCGAGACCGCAUCUGGACCAUCUUCUUCUGGACCAUCGCAUCCAACAUCGGGUUGAUCUUCGGACCCAUCACCAGCAUCGCUAUCAUCGAAAAUCUCUCCUGGCGCUGGGUCUUCUACAUCUACACGAUCAUCCUCUGCGUACUAAGCACCCUCUUCCUCCUCAUCCGGGAAUCGCGUCCCUCCCUGCUGCUCGAAAACGAAGUAACCCGCAUCCGCCAAGAAACCGGGCACGACAGCCUCCAAGCCCUAAACCACGACCACACGCCGGACUUCCGGACCUUCGCCAAAGUCUCGCUCUUCCGGCCCCUGCAGCUCUUCUUCGGGGAACUGCUCAUCUUCACCAUCGCCAUGAUGAUUGCCUUUUCCUUCGCGCUGAUCUACAUCUUCACCGAGGCUCUGCAACCAAUCUACGAAUCCAUGGGCUUCACGCCCUCACACGCCUCCCUCCCAUUCCUGGCCAUCGGCGUGGGCGUCGUUUUCAGCACCCUCACCCGGAUCCUCGACUUCCGGAUCCUCGAUUCCAGACACGCUGCCUCUCAGCCUGUCAAGCCGGAAGAUAAACUUAUCGGUCUUGCGAUCGGGGCGCCGAUCUUCGCGGUGGGGCUGUGGUGGUUCGCGUGGACGAUCCCGCCCCGCGUCGAAGAUGUGUCGUGGAUGGUGCCGACCAUCUCGCUCGCUCUGGUCGGAUAUGCCUUGAAUGAGUUUGAUACGGUGCUGUAUGGGUAUCUGUCUGAUAGUUAUCUGAGUUAUGCGGCGAGUGGGACGGCAGCGGUGCAGUUGCUCAGGGCAGUCCUGUCGGGCUCGUUUCCGCUGUUCACGAGACAGAUGUUUGAUGGGUUGGGAGCCAAUGUCGCUGCGUCGGUGCUGGCCGCGCUGGCGACGGUUUUUUGUAUCGUGCCGGUGUUGUUUUUGCUCUAUGGGGAGAGGAUUCGUUCGCAGAGUCGGUUCGCGAAGUAUAGUCUGGAGGUGCAGGCGGAGAUGGGGGAGAAGGAUUGA